AUAAAACGUUCAGUGUUUGAUUACCGACGCGCUGACAUUGAUGGUCUACGAAGGCAUCUUCAAUCCCUCGACCUCAGUCAACUUUUAUCAGAGAAUGGCAAUAUCAACCAGGAUUGGCUCGCGUGGAAAAAUGCGUUUUUGGGCGCGGUAUUGAAAUUUGUGCCGACAAAAACACUACGAGGUCGAAACCAUCUCCCUUGGACGAACAGUACAAUACUUCACUACAUCAAGAAGAAAAACUCUAUAAGAACGAGAAUUAAAAGAUCCUGUCCUCCAAGUGAACACCUCAAGCACAGAUUUCGAGAGCUCCGCAGGACAAUUAAAAGAGUGUUGCGUGAAAGUCGCUUGGACUAUAUCAAUUCAAUCUGUGCAUCUCGUAAACCCAAUCCUAAACGUUUCUGGUCGUUUUUGAAGAUUAAGUCUAAGGUAUCAGAUAUUCCGUUAAAAGUCUCGCUUAAAUCUAGUAAAAAUCAAAGAAAGUAUUCCAACAACAACGUAGACAUUGCGAAUACUUUUAACGAAUAUUUCGCCUCAAUUUUUACGCAUGACAACAAUAGUGACCACAAUCUAGGAGAACACUCGGAUCCAGAAAUUGUUUUAGAAGACAUAACACUGACUAACGACGAA